UCAAGCCAAACAAGCCGUUAUCUUUUACGAGAGUCCCAACCUCAACAUUGGAGCCCUGCAACGUGUUCAGCGAGGAACUGGUCGGAAGCGUGGCGGAAGACGAGGGUUACAGCAGCUCCAUGGACGAUAAGCGAUUCGUGCGUUGGUUUCGUGAGACGUGGCCAUACUUGAGGGUCCACCGCGGUGCGACCUUCGUUAUCAUCGUUUCCGGUGAAAUUGUCGCUAGUCCUUACUUGGAUCCUAUUCUCAAGGCACCUCCAAAUAUUUCAUUUUUUUAUUUAUUUUACUGGCUCAUUCAGACACAGAUAAAUGUAUCAAAUUAUUUUUUGGAAUGUAUCCUCGCAGGUAUAAUAUGAGAGAGAAAUAUUAGAUAGUCUGGGAUCAAAAUGUGUUUAUGAUCUUAAUCAGUUUGUGACUCAUACUUCAAUGUUUCUAUGUGAGAAAAAGAAUUAAUAAAGGGUGGAGUGAUGGAGAGAUUAGUUGAGACUAUGGUGGUCCUGGAUCGUGUGAUAAUUUCUCUUAGGCAAAUAAUCCUGGGAUAUAGCAUUUCUUCAUCACCUGGGAAUCCGGUUUGUUCUUGUUCCGGGGACCCAUAUGCAAAUUGACAAUCUUUUGCGUGAGAGAGGGAGAGAACCUAAGUAUGUUGGUCCAUAUAGGGUAACUGAUGAUGAGUCUCUAGCAGCUGCAAUGGAAGCAGCUGGGAGAAUAAGAUUGAUGAUUGAAGCAAAGCUUUCUCCUGGACCCUCCAUUUGCAAUAUUCGUCGACAUGGUGACAAUAGCCGUUUGCAUGAAGUUGGUGUCAGUGUUGCAAGUGGAAACUUUCUUGCAGCCAAGAGAAGAGGGGUUGUCAAAGGAGUUGAUUUUGGGUCAACUGGGGAGGUUAAAAAAGUUGACGUUUCUCGCAUGCAUGAGAGGCUUGAUGGCAACUGCAUUGUUAUUUUAAGCAACUUGGGUUACUCCAGCUCUGGAGAAGUAUUAGAUUGCAAUUAUGGACCAAUGGGGAGGUUGUUGCCUUGUGACAAGGUCAAAGGUUCUAGUUGUGGUUCAGCCUCUGCUCUCAAUACCUAUGAAGUUGCAACAGCUUGUGCGUUGGCAAUAGAAGCAGACAAGCUUAUAUGCAUCAUGGAUGGUCCUAUCCUGGAUGAAAGUGGACACCUUAUUAGCUUCUUGACUCUUCAAGAGGCAGACAUGCUAAUCCGUAAACGGGUUGAGCAAAGUGAAACAGCUGCUAACUAUGUCAAAGCUGUUGCGGAAGAAAGUUUCAACACACUUAAUAAAUUUAAUGGGGCUCUGCCAAAUGGAGAACCAUUUUCAGGAUAUCAUAUUGCAACCUUUCAUAAUGGUGUUGGUUUUGAAAAUGGGAAUGGCCUUUGGUCUGGGGAGCAGGGUUUUGCUAUUGGAGGUCAGGAGUCCCUAAGUCGGACGAAUGGUUACCUAUCAGAGCUAGCUGCUGCAGCUUUCGUUUGCAGAGGCGGUGUUCAAAGAGUUCAUUUGUUGGAUGGCACUAUUAGUGGAGUUCUCUUGUUGGAAUUGUUCAAGAGAGAUGGGAUGGGGACAAUGGUGGCAAGUGACCUUUAUGAAGGCACCCGGAUGGCUCAAGUAACUGAUAUUUCUGGAAUUAAACAACUUAUCCAGCCUUUACAGGAGUCUGGCAUAUUAGUUAUGCGGACUGAUGAAGAGCUGCUUCAAUCGUUGGGCUCCUUCGUUGUUGUGGAAAGAGAAGGUCAAAUAAUUGCUUGCGCUGCCCUUUUUCCUUUCUUUGAAGAGAAGUGUGGAGAGGUUGCUGCAAUUGCAGUAUCCCCUGAUUGUAGAGGCCAAGGACAGGGAGACAAAUUACUUGAUUAUAUAGAGAAGAAGGCAUCAUAUCUGGGAUUUGAAAUGCUUUUCUUGCUUACAACUCGUACAGCUGAUUGGUUUGUGAGACGUGGAUUUUCGGAAUGUUCAAUUGAUUUUAUUCCUGAGAAGAAAAGGAGAAAGAUUAAUCUAUCCCGCAAGUCCAAGUAUUACAGGAAGAAGCUUCUACCCAGUAAGAGUGGAAUUACGUUUGGUAGCAAUUUUUCUUCCCCUUAGCAUAUCUUUUUUUUUUUCACUGGGGAAAGGUUAGUUACAUAAAGCGUUUGGCAUUUUCUGUAGGUAAUAAUAUCGUAAUUAUAUGUUUUCUGGAAAAUCAAUAGCUAUAACAAGUUUUCUGUUAUUUAUUGUUAUUUAAUUUCCAGAUUUAGAGUU